GUUGGUGCAGAUCAACACUUGUGCAACUUUCCUGCAGACAUGUGGUCUAAUGCUGUUUUCCUGUCCCUUCCGAUCUUUGUAGGUUGUGGAUUAGAAGAGCUCAAAGUGAGGCCUGGAGAAGAUUCCCUUCUUCAGUGUCAGAGUCCCAGAGGUGACGUCAUCAUCCUGCUGGAGUGGAGAAGAUCUGAUCUCAAGUCAGACACCUAUGUGUUCUUCUUCCGAAACCAGCGUCCAUAUGAAAACUACCAGCAUAAGUUCUUCAAAGGCCGAGUGGAGCUGAGAGAUCCAACCAUGAAGGACGGAGACGUUUCAGUGAUUCUGAAGAACGUCAGCACCAGCGACACGGGAACAUACGAGUGUGAGAUUACAGUCAGGAACACAGAAGGUGUCGUGACUGAGACUAAGCACUCUGUCAACCUCACAGUCACAACCUCAGGUGAGUUUGUAAAUAUAUAUUCGACUCACAGGGUCCGAUCUGUGUGUGAUUCUGUGUUUGUUUGUUAGGGUGUCAGCAGUGAACUACUCCCUAGCUUAGCCUCUUGAUGGUGGGAAACUGCACAGUGAACCACAAGGUCAUUUAUUGCACCAGCUCUGUCUGAUAACUUGUUGCUUAUUAGAGUCUGCAUGGUGAACGUAGACAUGGGGAGGACACAGUCCAGUGUACUUCUAGUGCCAGUGUCAAGCUCAGAUACAUGGGGAGGGUCAGGACAUACAAUAUUUGACAAAUCAAACAUGUAAAUCAUCACAAAUGAGCUUACCACACUGGAUCAGUCUGGGUUAAUAAUGACUGCCCUGGUGCUUUUGGCCAAAAGGGUGAAACUGUGCAACUGUUGGCCAAAGACAAAGGAAGAGAUGAGGGGAUGGUGUGUUAGGAGGCAGUGAGAGAGAAGGAAAGGCAAGAGUGUGGAGACCUUCAAAGUAGGGACUAUGAUUGGUAACGAUAGAGAGUAGGGUGAUAUGAUGGAGGGAAGGACGGUAGAUAUAUUGUGUGAGACCAGGUGAAAGGAAAGCAAGGCCAGGUGCACU